CUCACAUGAUGGGUAGCGGCGGCGGGGGCGAGAAAGACCGGGACGAGAACCGGGACGCCAAGCCGCGGUCGCUGCGUUUCACCUGGAGCAUGAAGACCACGAGCUCCAUGGAGCCCAACGAGAUGAUGAAAGAGAUCCGGAAGGUGCUGGACGCGAACAGUUGCCAGUGCGAGUUGCAGGAGAAAUACAUGCUCCUGUGCAUGCACGGGGCGCCAGGCCACGAAGCCUUUGUGCAGUGGGAGAUGGAAGUUUGCAAACUGCCCCGCCUCUCGCUCAACGGCGUCCGCUUCAAGCGGAUAUCGGGCACUUCCAUGGCCUUCAAGAACAUUGCCUCCAAAAUCGCCAACGAACUCAAGCUUUAACGGGGCCCAACCCGGGGAGAAAGAGGGGGGGAGGGGGCGCCUGGCCUACACACACGCAACGGAGGUGGGAGGAAGAGAGCCGCAACUUCACUUUUGAGAGGGGUUAUGCAGGCGAAGGGGGCGGGUAGGGCAUGAGGGAGGGAAAGUGGGGGGGGGGUAUCCACCCCCCUCCACGCCUCUCCGUCUCCCCACGCCCCCCCCCCACUGAUGGAUCUCCAUGGAGACAGGGUGCGUGGGAUUGUGGUUGGCAGCCACCUAGCUGGUCUCCGUGGCAACAGGAACGGGAGGGUACCAAGGGCUGUCUGUCGGAUGAGGAAGCAUCCCUUUUGGUCUCCGUGGCGACCGUGGUACUUUUUCUUCCUCCUUUUUUUUUUUCCUUUUUUUUUUCUUCCUUCUCCCCCUCCCGCGCCCCCCACCCCUUUUCCCCCCCCCUUUCCUUUUCUUCUUGUACACAAGAGACAGGGUUUGCCAUGUUACCAAACUGCAACAGAAAACGCAGGGACUCUUCCCCCCGCCCCUCGGGAACAGGGGGGGGGUCCUUUCCCCCACCCCGUCCCUUCUAGGUCAGCGGAGGACGAGGGCAGCUAUGGCAGGAGGCGGUUGGGACAGGGGGAGGCGGAGCAGCAGCUGGGGCCCCUUCCACGGGGAAACAGGGAGCCGAGCGUCUUGACGCAACACAGCCAACGAUGGAAGCCAAGUGCCUCCUUGCUGUCCCGCCAAGGGACGCUUCCGAGGUGUCCCCCACACUCGCCCUCUGCCUGAUCCCUGCAGAUGACACACACACACCCAACACACACACACACACACACACACACAUCACAAACAAAGACUCCAGAGGUUUUUUUGGUUUCUUCCUUGCUAAUUGGUGGGAGCCGUCGGCGGGGUUGAACGGAGGGAGGGUUGGCGAGUGGCGGGGGGGGGGCUGUCCCGAGAUCCGCACAGCAACCUGAUCCGUCACUCCUUUGUCCCCCCUCCUCAUGUCCCCUCCCCUUUAUGCAGGC